AUCUAAAUUUUUUCUUUCAAAAAUCCUACUAAGAAAUAUGCUAAAAUUAUCCAAAACAAUCUUAUCUCAAUCAAAAAAGUCUUCUAAUUCUCUUUUUCAACAGCAAUUGUUUGUUACGGUGCACGAUGAUUUUUAUUUAAAGAAUAAUUUUUGUAUCAUUCAUCUUAAUUUUGAGUUUAUUUCUUUGUGGUUCUGUAACACCCUAUUUUUUUUCUCUUUUAGUACCUGUUUAAAGAUCCUUUAACAAAUCAUAUACAAUGCAUCUGUUGUAAAAAAAUGAAGUAAGUGAUCUUAUGGAAUGGAUCAUUAACCACCGUGGAGACAGAAAAUGGAUGUCCAAGUAGAACAGACGUUGCGCAGACGAUGACGACGGAGGUUGGUUUAAGUUCUUAGUGCGUUUGUUGACGAGGAUUUUGCUUUCUAGCCUAUAUGAGCGCAUGAGAAAGAAAAGGAACUAAAUAUAAUGUGUCGUAAUUUUAAAGACCCGUGAAUUUAAAACUUUUAUAUAAAGAUGAAGCCAUGCCUCAGAUAGGAUGAAAAGAAAUCUUAGAAUAUUAAAUAUUCAAGAAUAUAUAUGAGCUAUUUGAAACAAAAGGUUUCAAGAUGUCUGAAGAAAUAUCUAACGAGAGAAUAAAGAAAACAUCAGUAGUUAAAUACGCAUCAGAUAUUUUUAAGGAAUCAUCUUUGAGUGCUUUAACUGGAAUUUUGACAACAGGCAGUAUCAAAAGGAAAAUUUUUAAAUCUUUUAUUUUUCUGAUAUUUACAAUUGCAUUUAUAUAUCAAGUGAUUACUUUUCUAAGUUAUGUUUUAGAAUUUCCAACUGUUGUAAAUAUUGACAUCGUUAAGCCCGAAAAAUACAUAGCCCCAGCAUACACAUUGUGCCACAGCCAAAAAAUGAGAAGAAGUAAAUACUGUGAAAAAUAUCCGGACCAUUGUUCUCCAACGGAUGAUAGCACAGAUAUAAGGGUUAAAGAUGAAUAUCUUCGUAAUGCUUCGGAGAAAGACAUAUUUUUGUUUGGAUAUGGUUUGGACGAAAUGGUUUUGGACAUCGAAAGAAGAAGAGUUUCGUUUUCAGAGGAGCCAGUGCUAAGACAAAGGAGCUUUUCGUAUUUUCGUGAUGAUUAUGUCAAUGAUUUUUCAUUAUGUGUAACAACGGAAUUAGUUGUAAAUUCUCAAGACGAUCCUCCAAUGGAUGAGAGGAAAAAUUAUUUUACUCGAACCUUUGUAGGGUCUGAACGGCUUUUUCUUAAUUCCCAUGAAGCUGAUAUGUUCGAUCCUAAUGUUCCCCCAGGAAUAUAUUUCUCUGUUCACACACCGUACGAUGCAGUAAAUCCUUUUCAGAACGGACAUUUCCUUAGUCCUGGUAUGCAGUAUAAAAUAACAAUUAAAAUGAAGGAAGAAAAACUACUACGUGCACCUUAUAAAACGGAUUGUAUGGAUUAUGUUGAGCUAUGGAAGGAGAAUAGAAGAACUGGUCCUCGUUCACAAGAGAUGUGCAUUCAAAAAUGUGUAGUGGAUUUCAUUUCACAGUGCUUCAAUUGCACAUUCGUCGCUUUCACUUAUCCUUCAGAAGCUAAAAGUGUAUGUUCCGAAGGCGUUCUUCCUAAGUUGGGUAUCGUGUGCAAUGAUGAAAACGAUAAAGUGCCGAAGUGCGUAAAUGCGUGCAAAGAAGAGUGUUUAAAAAUUAUUUACACCAUUGAUGUUCGAUCCCGGAAAAUUCCAUAUGAUGAGCUUUUUCAACACACUGAAAACUUUUCAGAUGGACUUUCCCGUCAAAUAAUCGUAGACGUGGAAGUGGAUGAUCGUGAAAUUUUGCGCUAUGAAUACAGUGCGAAAUAUCAGGAUGUCGAGGCAUUCAGCUAUAUUGGAGGUUUUAUCGGCAUCUGGCUUGGCAUUUCGUUGGUGCAAAUGACAGACUUUAUUGAAUCCAUCUUUCUGAUUGGGAGAUAUUUCUUCAAAAAAGCUUCUUGUGAUUGUAAAUUGUUCUCUGAAAAAGUGUAAAUUAAUUUUAAAAUAAUUAUUAAAAGAAAUAUACGUAAA